GUGAACUGGCACCCGCGUGAAGGAAAGCUUGAACGGCAACAACAAAUAUGGAGGCGUCUCCUGUCAGCUUCGGACCGGAGAGGUACUGGACGGAGGAAAAAGAAAGGGCGCUUAUAGCAUAUUUCGCUAAACACAGUUGUUUGUGGAAUCAUAAGUCAGAGAGCUACAAAAACCGACAGCUGCGAUGGAAAACUCUGGAACAUCUGAGGAUCCUCCUGUCUGCUCAUCCUCCCCCUGUUAGUUUCACAGUGGAAGACAUUAAGAACAAGUUCAAGAACCUUCGCACAACCUUUCAGCGUCAGUACAAAAUGGUAAAGGCCAGCAAGGUGUGCAGGAACGAGGAUGUGUUUGUGCCACAGUGGAAACACUACCAGCAGCUGAUGUUCCUGCAGGGCUGCUGGGAUCAAGAGGACAGUGCAGAUGACCCGCCUCUGUCACCGCUUAUUCUUCCACAGGAGGAGAACCAGCCUGUCAGCACCCCUGGAUCGAUUAUCACCUUCCUCCCCACCCCAGCCACCUCCUCCCCGCCCUCUUCUACCUCCUGUGUCUCCUCCAACAUGAUGAUUAAAUGUUACUGGACUGAAGAAAGAGAGCGUGCACUGAUAGCUUUCUACUCUGAGCAUAGCUGUCUGUGGAACAAGAGGUCUGAAAACCACAAUAACCGGCAACUUAGACUGAGGCUGCUGGAGGGUCUGAGGAGUCAGCUGUCCGACCACUCUGUGUCUUUCUCAGUUGAAGACGUCAAGUGCAAGUUCAAGAACCUUAGGACAGUUUUCAACCGUGAAUGCAAGGCGGUCCAGGCCAGCAGGGUGUCUGACAAACUCUAUGUGUCCAAAUGGAAACACUACAAACAAAUGCUCUUCCUCUGCGAGUCCUGUGAUGAAGACGAAAGCACGGAUGACUUGAUGCCUCAGGAAGACAAGGAUCUGGAACAUGGAAACCAAACACCCUCUUCCACCCUGAGCAGUUCCUCCUCUAGCUCCAACCAAACCAGCAGCAUCAAGUUCAACCACCCCACUGCUUUGUCCAAUGAUGAAAAAACCACCACCAGUGCUGCCUACCAAAUAUUCCUUGCUGCAUCUCCAGAUCUUCUUAAGCUCACGAGCCAGAUGGCUACUCCUCCUACUACCACCUCUCCUUAUACAGCACUGCCAGACACCAAGCCUUGCGCAAACCCCUCCCCUCUAAAUGUUUCGUCGAGCUCAGCUCAGCCAGACAGCAGACAGAGUGCCGACUCCCGCUGCCACUGGAACGAGGCCAAAGUUCAGCAGCUGAUAUCCUUUUACUCUGAGCACAGCUGUCUGUGGAACCACAAAUCCGAGAGCUACAGGAACAGGCUGUUGAGACAGACUCUGCUGGAGACACUGAGCAGCAUUCUGUCUGAUAAUGAGCCAGUCCCAUUCUCAGUGGAAGACAUAAAGACAAAGUUCAGAAACUUGCGCACCAUCUUCCAACGUGAACACAAAGCGGUCAGUUCAAACAAAACGUGUGGCUCAGAGGACUUUUACCUUCCAAAGUGGAAACAUUACCGUGAGCUGAUGUUCCUCUGCGACUCUUGCGAUGAGGAUGAGCAACCUGAUGACCUGCAAUUCCAGGAACCAGAGGAGUCCUGCCUCCUCCGCCUGGACCGCCAGCCCCCUCCCUCAUCCUUACACUACUAUGGCGGUCCCCAAUCUGCUACCAAACUGAACAUCACAUCACUGGGCCUGGGAGCCCCUCCCUCGCCUACUCCUCCAGACUCCCAGCACUCUUCGCCCUCUUCCUGCCCUUCCACAUCCUCCUCUCACACUGACAGCAGAGGGUCAGGACGCAAGCGAGCGGGUCGGCGCCUGCUACCCACCACCAUGGAGGUGCUGGACUUCAUGAGGACAAUCUGUCAGAGCCAGAUGGUGUCACCACAUGCAGGGUUCCUCAAGUACGUGGAGGAAUGUCUGAACGAGACACCACCCGACAAAGUGAAGAAACUGAAGAAGAUGAUCAUUGAGACGAUCCAUAGCAUAUCGGAGGAGAAUUAGGGGCCCAUUCACACUGCCGUUUGAAUGUGGGGAUCCUGUGCCAUUUCUCCGCCUCCUCCUCUGUGUAAAAGUCUUAGAGCCUGUGAGGGGAGGAAUUUUGCUCCGGUACUGAUCCGCCUCUGGAGGUAGUAUCAGACGCACAGUAUUGGCAAACCAAACUAGUGUGAAUGGAUAAGCCGGCGGCGCGAAGCGGGGGGUGUCCGUCUGAUAACUACACAGGUCCUUCACUCAACUAAAUAUAGAGAAAUGACCGACAAAGCAACAUUACAUGACCAAACAACACGUAACUGUAACUGUCUUUGGCAACUUGUAUGAGGAAGAAAAUACAGCAGAUAUAUGUGGAUAAAUAAGUCUGUUCUGCCGCCCGUCCUACCGACUCUUCCUCACAUUUCUGCCUGAAAAAUGUGUCACUGGCCAAGAACUUUAACUCAGCAAGUGUUUGUGGUGGGAAAAUAAAUGACUGUGACAGUCAGCCCUCUGGACCAGGAUUUCAGUGAACUUUCCCCAGAAACAGCCUCCAUCCCCGCGAGUGACAGAGUCUGACAGUGUGCCGUUUACUGAUGGUGAUUAUGUAAUUAUGUAAUUUAGAGCAAAAAAAAGUAACUUUGUCACUUUCCAGGAUGUUUGGUGGGUCAGGAUUUAAAUCACAACACAUAAUAACUGCAUCCAUACGAUUAUUAGUAUUCAGCAGGUUCAUGUUUAUAUUAACAGGAGGACUCCGGGGGAAUCACCUUACCAUCACACCUCUUUAGGAUCUACUGCAGUUGCUUGGCUCUAUGUGAACAAACAACGGUGGAGAAUUGGUGAACUGUCGCUGCAGCGAUAAUGCAGUGUCUCUGUGUGAAAAGGGCUACUGCUUCACAGUUUGUGUUCUGUAGCUUAAUUCAGUGUCGCUGGGAUUGUUUUUUUUCUUUUUUUGGUUACCUUAUUCCCUUUGUUUGCUAACAGCUAUGAUAGCAUUACUCAACAGCUGUUACCUUUAAUCUGAGUAGAAAUCUGUAUGACAUUCGAACAGGGUCUCAGUCGCCAAAACCUCUGAAUCCAACCGCCAAAGAGAAUGUUAUCGUAAAGCCUUCAACACAUAUAGGAAGAGCUGUUUCUGCUUGUGUGAGCUGUAGUUUACCAGUGGAGAGGGAAACUACACCAAACCUUGCAGCAGCACCACCUUUUUUGUAAUACUGAGCUUGGAUUUUACACCUACACUUUCUGCUAUGACCUCUGGGGUCAGUGACAUUUUAGUGUAAACUAAUGAGAGCGGAAAUGGUGGGGCAACACUUUGUUGUUGGAGUUGUUGCAACUUCAGUGUGAACGGGUUUUUGUCGACGUCAACUGGACUUUCAGCGUAUUGUGACAAAUCAAACUUUUGUUGUUGGCAUGUUUUAAGCUAUCUGUACAGUUUAGUCAUGCAGUAAUAUGCUAACAGCAUACUCAUUUAGCUGCUUGUAUGUUAACACACUUCAUAACUCUCCAAUGUACAGAUUUCACAUAUUUCUAAGUUACAUUCAUGGAUAGUUAUCAUGAGAAUGUCUUGUUAGCAUGCAAUGUUACAUAUGGAAUUAUUAACUUGCCAACAGUGGUGGAAAGAGUACUGAAAAUCUGUAUAGUUAAAUUACUGAAAAACGACUCAAUUCCAAGUUAAACCAUUGGCAUUAAAAUAAUACUAAGUAAAAGUACAAAGUACUCUUCUCAAAGGCUACUCAAGUAUAAGUUGCUUUUUAACUUUUGAUGUUUAAUGCAUUAUCAUUUGUAGGCACCCAUUAUGGGGUUUCUGUUCUCCAAAACUUCAGUCUAGAUUACUCCUCAGUCCUGUGCUAUUCAGCCUAGUGGUCAUGGUACCUACUUUAAACCUGGGCCUGCUGCAGAGUUUUGUGUUUUUUGUCCAUAUGACAGAGAUUUCACUGGUCAUUUUGCCAUCAGAUGGCCCUGUUGGCUACAAAAAUACACAAGUAAGA